ACGGACGUUUGGGACGCGGAGACAAUCGAAGAACAGUUCUUAAGCCUGCGUAUGUGUGUGCGUGUCAGCGCGCGAGCGUGUAUACUAGAGAAACAGCAAGCAGCAAUAGAGUGGGGGUGGGGGUGUGCUACGGAGCUAAACCUAGCUUCUUUUUUUUUUGUUUGUUUAAUGUUGCAUCGGUCGUGUCACUCACUUGAUUUCCCCCAGCGGUAUCUCAGAAAGAGGGUGUGGCGCCCACAGUAAUUCACGUGCUCUGUAAACCCCCUCCCCCCGAGAGGUACACACUCAAAGCGUCUCACGUGUCAGGUCAGACUGCUAACACGCCUGAAGUGUUGUGUGCUCAUGAGACUGUGUUGACUGUGUAGCAGUGUGAGUAUCAUGUCCUACCUUCUGCGCAGUUUCCGGACACUUCUACAUGUGACGAUAAACUAGAAUUAAGAGACUAAAGAAUGCCAACUUAACGCGAGGAUGCAGUUAAAAGUCAGCUCUUCUGUGUAGGAGGUUUCUAGGUUUGAUGGCUGCACAUUUGAUUGGCAAAGGAGUUUCCUUCAGUCCAACAAGUCACCUUACUUUGGUCAAGUUCUGGUUUACAUUGUUAGUACUAGGAUUCGCUCUGAUUUCACAAAAAUUAGCUCAAGGUGCCAGUAACAGUCCUCCACAGCCUGGAUCAUACUCUAAUACCAUUAUAAGUCCAGAAGACACACCCAUAGGAACAACAAUAGGAAAUAUUACAGCAUCAGAUCCAGAUGGACAAGAUUUGUAUUUUAACACAGAUACUGAUGACACACGUGAACUGGUUACAUUGUCUAAUCCUAGAAAACUCAACAAUGCUACUAAUACAUGGAUUGUAGAUAUCAAACUGAAGUCUGUUUUGGACAGAGAUUAUGCACCUAAUGAGAGAAGGCUGUAUUUUCUGGUGACUGAUGGAUCCAGCUCGAUUCCUAUUUGGAUCACACUAUUUAUAACUGACGUAAACGAUGUGGCUCCACAGUUUGUCAACCUUCCUUAUGAAGCUACAGUCAGAGAGGAUGCUAGUCCAGGAACUGUGAUAUUUUCUGGUGUUUUUGCCAAAGACCCUGACAAUGGCAGGAAUAUACUAUAUACUAUGGCACCAAAUGCCCAGGUUAAUGAUCAAGAUUAUGCCACUACUUUUGAGAUCAACCAAUACAAUGGUAACAUAACAUUAAGGCGCCAGUUAGAUUAUGAAACACACAGUUACUACCAGUACAAAAUCAUGGCAGAGGAUGAAGGUGGACUAACAGCAGAGCCAGUGGGAUUUGUUGUCUAUGUCUAUGAUGUUCAAGACACUCCCCCAGCUUUUGUAAACUUGCCAUACAGUGUUCAGAUAGAUGAGGACAUGGCAGUGGGUAAAUCUGUGCUAACAGUUCUUGCUAUAGAUGGUGACAAAGGAAUCCCUAAUAAUAUUACUUAUAGCUUUGUCAGUGGUGAUUAUCAAAACUUUAACUUGGAUCCUACAACUGGAAUUAUAACUGUCAACAAAACUUUAGACAGAGAUACAGAAUUAAUGAGAAACACUGGUGGAGUGUAUGCAAUGAUUGUAAAGGCUUCUGAAGUUGUGCCUCCAGGACAGAUCAAUAAAGGUUCUACUACUGCUACCACAUUGGUGACAAUUACUGUCCGUGAUGUUAAUGAUAACAGUCCGAUCUUUAGUCAGAGUACAUACAAUGCAACGAUUUUGGAAAACAUGCCCAUUGGUGUCCCAGUGACUUUCCUUGAUGGUGUUUUAAUGAGAGUCCUUGAUAUUGACCAGGGUGAAAACAGCCAUUUUAUUCUAACUAUAGAAGUUAACAGCAGAGCUUAUUAUGAUUUCUCUCCCCUUCCAAAAGAAAUUUACUCUGAAUCAUCUGUACUCCUUCGAGUGAACAAUUCAGAAGUCUUAGAUUAUGAGAAAAAUCACAGCCUUAUUUUUCAGGUUGUCGCUAGAGAAGUAAAUACAGCAGAGAAACGUUCAAGUACCACAACUGUGACUGUAAACAUAGAAGACAUGAAUGACAAUGCACCUGCUUUCUCACAGUCUAGCUACAUAUUAAGUGUAUAUGAAAAUACUCCCAUAGAUACAUCGAUACAAACAUUUAAUGCAACAGAUUUGGACUCAGGAAUUUACAAAGUUAUACAAUAUUCUUUAAGAGGCGGCAAUGGAAGGUUUAAAAUUGAACCAAACUCAGGACUUUUUAAAGUAGCUGGCAAUUUAGAUAGAGAAGAAAUGAGCCAGUAUUUUUUAACAAUAGAAGCUAAAGAUGGAGGUGGGCUUAGAACACCUGCUGAAAUCACUGUUAACAUAUUAGACAGAAAUGACAAAAGGCCGAUCUUCAUUAGAGAUGACUACUAUGGAACCAUCAGAGAAGGAUCAUCACAGUUUUUAAGACCGUUGAAAGUGGAGGCUGUUGAUGAUGAUGAACCUAACACAAACAAUAGUCUCGUGUCUUAUCGCAUUAUCAGCACCCCUGCUCGACUGACCAACAAUUUUACUAUUGAUUCCAAAACUGGCAUAAUAACAGUUACUAGUCCAAUAGACUAUGAAAAACUGGACAAAAUAUUGGGAGGUGUAGUUACACUAAUUGUUGAAGCCUAUGAUUCUGGGGAUCCAGUUCUGUCAUCUCAAAUUGAAGUGAACAUUACUGUAGAGGAUGUGAAUGAUUUUGCACCUGUAUUUUCAAAAAGUGAAUAUUUUACAACAAUUGCUGAAAAUGCUCAAGAAGGUUUGGCUGUCAUCACAGUAGUUGCUACAGAUUUUGAUGGUACAAGUCCUAACAAUGACUUUAUUUAUCGAAUCGAGACCGGAGCACUGGACAAAUUUAGAAUCAACUUUCAGACGGGAGUUGUAGAAGUGGAGAGUGGAGCAGUGCUGGACAGAGAAACAAAAAAAGAAUAUAUAUUAAAUAUUUCAGCCAUUGACAGGGGCACACCACCUUUAAUUGGACUUUGUAUAUUGAAGAUUAACUUGACAGAUGUGAACGAUGAAGUUCCAGUUUUUCCAUUUCCCUCAAAGAGUGUUGAAAUCAAUGAGAACACACAGAUCUCCUCCCCAGUCUUUCUGUACAGUGCAUCAGAUCCAGAUCUGAACAGCAGUUUAGUCUACAGCAUUGGUGAAGUUGUGGCAUUCAGCAAAAAUAGUUUAGAGGAUAGAAUUAAUGUCACCAGCACUGGAGUUAAAUAUUACUUUGGUAUGAAUUCCAAAACUGGGCAAAUCUUUGUGAACAAUACACUUGACAGAGAGACAGCUGUCGGAGUUAUUUUGCAAAUACUUGUGGAAGAUGUUUAUUCACAAAUAGGAAAACAAGUGGCUACAGCUACUCUAAGUGUCACUCUAUUAGACUACAAUGACAACCCACCAAAGUUUGUGCCAUCACCCAUCUACAAUGUCAGAAUCAAUGAAAUGGAAAAUGUCAUGGCAUUAGUUGUACAGCUGUCAGCAACUGAUGCUGACGAUGGACAGACAGUUACCUUCAGUCUGGGGGCAGCUACUAUUGAUGCUUUUGCUGUCAGCAGUGAUGGUACUGUGCAGCUUAAAGCCAAACUGGACAGAGAGAAGAGUGACAAAGAAAUAUUUGAAGUGAUAGCAAGAGACAAUGGCUAUCCCCAGCUGACUUCAACAGCCACAGUCACAGUGACUGUAUUAGAUGCCAAUGACAACUCUCCAGUCUUUGAGCCUUACAACAUGACCUACGGAGUCCUAGAGAAUGAGAGUGUUGGUUUCCUGGUGACCAGAUUUGCAGCCACUGAUAAAGAUAUUGGGGAUGCUGGGACUGUGUUCUACACACUUGAUGGGGAGGACAAUGAUGGCAGUUUUUCCAUUGCUAUGAAUACUGGUGAAUUGACAGUUGCCAAAUCUCUUGAUCGGGAAACGAAGCCAUUCUACAAACUUGAAAUAGUUGCUUCUGAUUCCAAAGCCAACCCAGAUGACAGGAAAAGUAAUCGUACCAAUACAAUUACAUUUAUCAUCCUGGAUGUAGAUGACAACCCUCCAGUGUUUACCUCUGUCAGCCCGGCAAAACCUUCUAUACCUGAAACAGCUGACAUGUCAGUAUCAGUGGUAACACUGGUGGCAGAUGAUGCUGAUGACAAAACUACAGACAAUGGGAGAGUAAUCUACUCUCUAACAUCUGACUCCAAUGCCACAUUGAGUUCAGGAACUAGUUUCUUCAAGAUAAACAAUAACACUGGAGUUAUCUCCCCUGCCAUGUCCAUUCAUGGGUAUGCAGGCUUUUACUAUGUGACUGUCAUGGCAACCAACAAGGCCCAGAAGUUUAAUGCCACCAAGAAAGUUGUUAUUGAGAUAGUGGAUGUGAAUGAUAAUGUCCCUCAGUUCACACGACCAAGUACUAGUACAGCCAUGGCUUAUGUGCAAGAGAAUGCAGAAAUCGGGACAUCUGUUUUUAAGCUGGAAGCAUUUGAUGCUGACAAAGGCAAAAAUGGAGAAAUUCAUUUUGCUAUUUCCCUUGUGAACAAUCAAUAUGAUGGCUCCAAAGCUUUUGCUGUGAAUGAACUGUCUGGCUUGAUCACCACUAAAGAUGAAAUGAAUGCUGAAACUCAAUCUCGUUAUGAGCUGAAACUUGAGGCCAGAGAUCAAGGUGUGCCAGUGCCAUUUACUGCUACUGUGACUAUGACCAUCAUUGUUAUCGACAAGAAUGAUCACAAGCCAGAAUUUGUUAAUCUCCCCGCCCCCUUCCCUAUUGCCAUUGUGGAGAAUCAACAAAGCUGCACCAAUGUAAGCUUGGCGAUUGACAGAGAUUUGAACUCUACCUAUACAGUCAUUUGUUAUUACUUGAUAGGAUCAUCUCUGCUUGAGACUUUUAUUUUAGAUACAUUUUCUGGGAUGUUGUGUUUGAAUCAAACUUUGGACAGAGAAAGUAACCCAUUUAUAAAUAUUGUCAUCCAGGCACUUGAUGACUGUUUCAAGACUGUCACCACUGAUAAGAUUUAUCCUUUUGAAAAGGGUCAACUGUAUCCAUCAAUGUUUAGGCCAACUAAUACUGACAAACUGUGGAUAGAAGUACAGGUCCAAGAUGUUAAUGACAACCCACCACAGUUCAAAAGUAAGGAGCUGACACUGGGCAUAACAAGGGUCACACAGUUUGGUAAAUUUAUUAUGGAACUUAAGGAUGUUGUUGAAGAUAGAGACUCUGAAAGAUGGGGCGUGGACUUCUUCAAUUCUACAUCCAACUUUGUUGCCCACCCAGACAAUUUGAAUCAAGAGUUGCUCAAUCUUGGCAUCAUUGAGCCUUUCAAGCUCUUCAGCAACGGCUCCAUCAAAACAAACAUGUAUUUUAAAACACAAAUGUCUGGCUUCUUCACUGUUGGUCUGAAGGUAUCAGAUAAAGGAGGGCUUACAGAUACUGCCACACUUAGAAUCUCAUUGAUCAAUGAUGACCAGAGGCUGAAGAUAAUCUUCAGAAGGUCUAUUAACAGUGUAGGAGAAUUUAAAGAAAAAAUUGUUAGUGACCUAAGUUCAAAAGUUGGAGUUCGUAUUGUUAUGGAUUCAAUCCAGACUCAUGAAACUGAAACUGGUCAAGCAGACACUGCCCAGACUGACAUGUUUAUCCAUGGGGAAGAUUAUCAGACUAAUGAAGUCAUUCCUGCUUCAAAACUUUUGAGCCUAAUAGAUUCAAAGAAUGCAUUGCUGAUUGGGAUUCUGAAUGAUUAUAAUGUAUUACAAAUUGUGCCUGCUAUUCAAGAACAAGUUGAUAGUAGUAUAGAAGACAAGUUGAAAAUGGCAGUCAUUCUUAUAGCUGUAGUUCUUGGAUCUGUAUGCAUUACAUUAUCUGUGGUUCUCUACUAUGUCUACAGGAGAUAUCACCGAAAGUUAAAAGCUGCUACUGCAAUGGCUUAUGUCAAUACUGGAUUUGUUCCAAGUGACAGUGAUUUAUACAAAGCUGACAUCCCUGGUACACAGAUUAAUUCUUUUGAAAACGCCAACCCUAUUUUCUUAGAGAAGAUAAUGUUGGAAAAUCAUGUUGAUGGUCUGAGUGACCUGGAAGAUGUUGCUGUUGUAAGCCAAAGUUCAUUUGAGGAAGGUCAUUCUUUGUCCAACAGAGAAACUCUUGCUGGUUCUUCAAACUCUGUUCAAGCUAAUAACUCAUCUCAGGCAAACAGGAAAACAGGCAGCAGAAGUAGAAAUCAUGUUCUAGAUAUUGGAGAUAUAGACAAUUUAAGCCUUCGUGAUAGUGGCAUAGAAGAACGGUCAGGUCCUUCAGAAAAAUCUGGCUACACUAUUUAUAACCAGAUCUAUGCUGAGCCUAAAACUAAACCUAAUAAAACAAGCACUCUGAAAAAUGGCUCUGCCACUGGAAGUCUAGUUAAACCCACAAGUCAGCGGCCUACAGCACUCUCUAAAUCAAACAUGUCUAAAAAACCUAAAGCUGCACCAUCUAGCAAGCCUCGUGCCAGCAGUGAGACUUACAAAGGUGUUGUCAAUAGGAACACUGGUAUGGAUCAAGAGUUGCCUUACGCUUCUUCAGCUUCCUCUGAUGAGACUCCAACAGAGUACUUAGAUUUUAGGAAUGGUUUAUAUGGCAGUAAUGUGGCUAUUACAGAUUUAUAAAUUUGUCAGCUAAGUUUUGUUAAAAGCAUUCAACCUUUUCAUACAGUAAUUUAAAAAGAAUGAAUCUUCUUGGAAAUAUGCAUCUUUGUCCUUAAUUGCCAGAGAAGCUCAUAAGUGACUAGACUUUGGCAUGCUGAUUAGAAAUGUUUCAAUCUGCAUUAAGUACAUAACAUUCAUCUCAUUCCAAUUCUUCUGUUUCUAUUUUUCAAAAAAAUGAGUUAGUAGGCAGGUAAAAUUACCCAAGCCUAUAUCAAUGAUUGUCAUGACAUUAAUUGGGUAAAUUUUUUUAGGGCAUAUAGAAAAAAUAAUGUGUUGUAAUUUUGCACAUAAAUUUUGUGUCUUAAAAUUUCAGAUUGCUUACAAAAUUAUGUAGAAGUCAAUAAAGACCACACUUUUGCUUCUGUGCUUCAAUAAUGGUUGUAUUUUAAAAAUAACUUCUACUGCUAGGCCAGAUUUUAUAAAAGUAUUUAUUUAAAUCUUUAAAUUAAAUUAUUAAAGCCUCUUUUUAGAAGCAUAGUUUACAUGUAAAUCUUAAGUAGGCAUAAUUAAGAAAAAUUAGUCUUAUGAGAGAAAAACUAUAAAGAAAAAUUUGAUUAUUUUAAAAAUUACUUAUUCAUCAAGUAAGAUAUUUUGGCAUUUGUUAAAAGUACUGGAGUCACAAAAUAAAUACAAUGUCAAACUUAAAUAUUCCUUAGACUUUUGCAUUAAUAUUUGUUUCUUUCUUAGAAUGUAGGCAAACAUUUAUCAGAAAUCUUUAUUUCAAGGUUUGUAUGACAAUGUUCAAAAUGAAGAACUCUAGUCUCUAAGGAAAUGGAUUUGAACUUUAUGUUUUUAUGUCUUAUUUUUUUCUGUUCAUUGGCUUUUUUAAAAAUUAAAGUCUAAGAGUUAUGUUUUUUUCUUUGCUUCAAUUCUUGCACAUUGUGUAAGUUCUGUAAAUGUCCUACUUUGUGCUACUAGAUAGUAGCUGCUAGUACAUUGUAUCUCUAAGCUGUGAAUAUCCAGAUAAAAUGUUUUUUAUUAUUACACUACAAAAAAUCUACUUAUUGUUGAUGUUUUUAUGUUGUUUAGAUCAGUAGGCCAUACAGAGUUGUGGAUGUUUUCAUUUCUACAAAGGCAUUUAUGUUUCAUUUCAUGUACACAUUCCCAUCCUUUUAAAGUGCAAUGAAGAGUAAUGUCAUGAUUCUGUACAUAGAGUUGUACAAAUUGCAAAGUAUCUUUAAUUUAUUUGUAUACAUCUACCAGAAUGUUUUCUUUUAUUGUGUUUAAACAUUUUAUUUUGACAGCUCACAUCAUCAAAAAUAUUUGUUUGUUUAUUGUUAAUUAGAGUUUGACCUAUUUAACUCUGACACUGAUAACAUAGAACUCUCUUCCCUUUUCCAACAAGCAAAAAGCUGUAAAAAGUAUCUACUAUCUCAAACAAAACAUUGUUCCAAAGGUGGAAAAUCAUUUUUAGUCUCUUUUGUUUUUUAAAAGGACACAUUUUAUUUUCAGCCUUGGCUAUUUGAACAAAAAUGUGAAGGGUGACAAAAUAAUUGAGACAUAACAUAUACAUUUCUUCUAUUCUGUCUUUUUCAUAUAGACACUUUUAUAUCACAUUUUUUAAUAUAGUUUUUCUUAAUACUUUGACAUUAACUCCUUGUCUAAAUUCUAAACCAAUUUUAAAUAUUUUGUUAGUUAAAAAAAACAACAUUUGCUUAUUUUGUAAUUUUAUUUAUAGAAAACUAAUUAAAAAGCAUACAGAUAAUUGGGGAAUGAGUGGUGAUGUUUUUAUAAGAUGCGGAGUACUUUAUUUUUAUUUAUUUGUCAUUUUAUCAGUUAACUUUCAUUGGUAACUAAUGAUUUCAAAAUAAAAAAAAAAAUUAAAAUGCUGAAACAUAUUACUACUAUCAGCGACGUCUUUUUAAUAAAGUAAAAUGUAUGUAUUUUGAUAGAGAAGAAAGAUAAUUAAAAUAGUUUCGACAAGUGUUGACCUAUGACCUAGUGUGCUUUUGCUCAACACUUUUUGUGAUGUCUGAAAGUAGAAGAAACAACUCUGGGAUAGAAUGAAAUUUUUAACUAUGAUUCUCUUAUCAAUUUUUUUAAAUAGCACAAUAUUAAAUAAUGUAAUUUUUUUUUAAUGAACAAAGUGUUGCAUUGGAACAAACUCUACAUUUUAAUGAACUAACAAAUCAGAUAUUUUAAAAUGUAUUUCUACUACAUACAAAUGUCUUGAAGGCAGUAGGGAAGGAGGUAUAGGAUUGGACAACUUCCUUGUAUUAUUCUUACAUUCUUGUACCUUUUUUUUAGUUCUCACAACUGACCUCAACAAUUUUGUCCCUCAUUUCUUGAGUUGCCUCUUCUCACUGACAAUUUCACCCUUUGUCCCUCUGCCCCUUAAAAUGGAAUUCAAUAAUUUUAGUUUUAAUCAAUUAGUGAAUGAAAUGACUAUUACAAAGUUUUUUUUUUAACGGUUUUAAACUUUUUGUUUCUCCUGUAUUUGGCCUCCUGUUGACUUGUUGACUAAAUCUCUUUCAUGUUUCCUCAAGCUAGCUGUGAAAAGAUACAUGUUUUUAUUCAUAUAAGUAUUUCAAUUUGUGUGUGUGUGGAGAAAAACCCAAUGACAUUACUAUACAUUUGUAUGAUAUUUUUUGUAUGCUUGAAAGUUGCUAUUCCACUUAUAUGUGAAAACAUAAAAACUAUUGGAGAUCACUAUUUAUUAUAAUUCAGUGAGACAAAUAUAAAAAAUACUUGAAACAGAACUCACACAAUCAUGUCAGUGACAGCAGUUAAAAAAAACAACAUAAAUAGAUAGAUUGAUAUAAUAUUGUAUAAAAAAAAAGGUGUAGGCUAGUUUUUAUGCUUGAACAAUGACAUUUUUAAAAAGUUAUUUUUUCUUUAACAUACUGUAUAUAAAGGAAUAUAGGCCUCGACUUAAGGUGUAGACAGCUUUUUGAAAACAAUAAAAGAUCAUCAAAAAAAAAUGAAAUUCAUAUCAAUCUUGUCAAACGACAAAAAUUACUUAAGAGUUUGAUAGAUGCAAAUCUUGAAUAUAUGGUUGGAAAAAUGUUUCUAAAUGCAUUAAAAAAUUAAGAAAAGUCAAACUUUAGGGUCUGUUUUUUUAAUUGUCAGUUGUCUUUAAAUACAUUCCCAUUUUAAUAUAUUCCCGUUUUCACUACAUUCCCGUUUUCACUACAUUCCCGUUUUAAAUACAUUCCUGUUUUAAAUACAUUCCCGUUUUAAAUACAUUCCCGUUUUAAAUACAUUCCAAUUAUUAUUUUGACAAAUGAUCAGUGUAUAUAAUAUAAUUUUAAAAAAAUACUUUUAAAAAUAUUAUCAAUGAAUCAAAUGAUCAUUUUCAAUCAUCUGAACUUAGCUAUUUAUUCAUUAUUUAUUCAUGCUAUGUUUUGAAUGAAAUUUUUGUAUUAGGGAAAAUUCAGUGGCAUUGCUCAGCAAUGUUGCCGUGAGGUAAUGAAUGACAUGACUUGUGUGUUCAUGAGUUUGUUUGAUAAUAGUCUGAUCUUUUUUUCUGUUUCAUGUCUUAAUUUAUAAAUAAAAUGUUUUAUCUCACUAUUGAUCUCUUAUUUAAUGUUUGAAUAAUUCAACAUUAAAAAGUUGUCAAGAUUUAUUGGUUGAAAUAAAAAAUGUUCCAUUCAUU